AUGACAGGAUGACAUCCGGACAGUCUCCGGCCGCUCCUCCCCCGGACCUGUUAUGAAACUCUGGACUCUUUCUACCUCACCCCGCUAGUGUGUCCUCCGGCCCGAGGGCCCUCCCCACAACUAUAAAGGUGGCAGCGCCGGCCGGUUGAGCUCACUUGCCGGACAGACCGGGUGGCAGAGGGACGCGGCCGUGGCGCGCGACCGCUCCGGGCUCCCCGACGCGCUCCAGCCGCAGCCCCGCGCUCUCCCCGCGCCGCCGCCCGCUGCCCGGCCCGAGCGCCCGCGCCGCCGCUCCCUGCUCCCGGCGGGAAGGACAAUGGAGGCGCGACGCGCGGGCCGCGUCCCCGCGCUGCUGCUGUGCCUGGGUUGCCAUCUUCUCCAAGCAGUUUUCGGCACCACUGUGAUUCCUUCAUGCAUCCCAGGAGAAUCCGAAGAUAACUGUACAGCUUUAGUUCAGACAGAAGACAAUCCACGUGUGGCUCAAGUGUCAAUAACAAAGUGUGGCUCUGACAUGAAUGGCUUCUGUUUGCAUGGACAGUGCAUCUACCUGGUGGACAUGAGUGAAAAUUAUUGCAGGUGUGAAGUGGGUUACACUGGGGUCCGCUGCGAGCACUUCUUUUUAACCGUCCAACAGCCCUUGAGCAAAGAAUAUGUCGCUUUGACUGUGAUUCUCGUUUUCUUGUUUCUCGUCAUCGUUGCCGGUUCCAUGUACUACUUCUGCAGAUGGUACAGAAAUCAAAAGAGUAAAGAACCAAAGAAGGAAUACGAAAGGGUGACGUCAGGGGAUCCAGCAUUGCCACAAGUCUGAAUGCUGCCGUCCAGCUAUGGGCAGGGAUGCGCAGCGUGCCUGAUUAUGUUAAUAUUCCUAUUUUAUUAAUAAUAUUUAUGUUGGAACAUGUGUUAAGUCAACAAUGGUGCAUUUUUAAUAUACUUGGAAAAGUUUUUUUAUUUUUGUUUUAUUUUUGACAGACUAUUUGCUAAUGUAUAAUGUAUACAAAAUAUAUAAUAUAGAAAGAAGUCCUAUUUUUGUAAGAAAUAAUUUCCUGGGCCAAAUGCUUUAGCUUCAAAGCUCAUUUGCCAGCUACACAAUGCUUAGGAGUGAGCGAUGUCCAGUUCAUCACUCAAGAAGGGUCAGCAAAUGACAGAUUCCUGUUAAGCCUAAAUAUAUCUGGUCAAAUCGAGUGAAUAUUUUCCUACUCCUCACAUGAGCGAUAAUUGAUUUGACUGUAUCACAGUUUGAUGUAUGGCGUGGCACCACUGUGUCAUGUAUUAAAACACUAAUGCAAUGGGAAUUGGGAAGAAGCUAGCCUAUGUCAUGUGCUAAGCACUACACCGGGGAGCAAAGUAGACCCAGGAGGGCUGUAUCCUUCAGUCCCUACCCUCAGCUCUGAUUCCAUGGUGACUGGCCUGGAGGGCAAGUGGACAGUGCCCUCUGCCAGCUCACAACUCCUGUGGACACGAGUCACCCAGCUGCAGAUUCUUCUUGCAUUAAAGGAAUUGACAACUUCAUUUUAUGCCAUCUUUUAUGUAAAUAGUAGGUGUUUUCUAGCUUCACGAUGUUUCUUGAGAAACAUAUGUUCAUGAGAAAAUUUUAAAAAAAAUCCACACUUGAAGCCAAAAUUUGGGCUUCUUUUUAAAAGUAUUUGUUUUCAUAGGGACUUUGAUUAAGAAUUCUAAGAUUAAAUCGUAGUCCAAAAUUUGAUGGACUAAUCAUUAUUUUAAAGUAUAAGACAGUAAUUCUGUAUAUUGUUUAAAGAUGGAAAAUACGGUUAUUUCAUCUUCUGUGCAACAGAGUUUUAAUUUAAAACAAUGCAGUAAGUAGUUCCUUCUAGAAUUUAAGAUUAAAUGUGUAAAAUCAUAUCCUGAUGUAGGAAGUGGAAAACAAUAAGAAAUAUAGACCGUAGUGUAUUUUCCCAAAUGAACAAAUUCAUUUGAAAACUUUUAAAAUUUAGAGACUUAACCAUGCCUUCUUUUGGACACUGAGGUGAAACCAGGGCCCUGCUUGCUGUCUUUUGUUUAUUUUUUUGGAAAAGAUGAAGAUUCCUCCUGUGCUUGAGCCCAUGGUCUCGUUGCAUUACUAAGGGUACUUGGGGGCAACCGCGUGAGGAACCACAGCUGUCAACACCUCCAGGUCUCAGGGGACACUGCCUCUUGGAAUACUAGACCUUUGGGUAGAGUCCCUCAAGAUCACACACCUUGUUAGGGAGGGUCUCCUCUUUGUCCACCUUUUUUCCUGGCAGGUGCUAGGGCAACAAAGAGAAAAUAAACAACAGCUGACUUCUGAAGUGCUAGGUGCCAGGACUUGCCUCCAUAUGUAUCCCUUUAUUUGUACCAUGGUGCUCUCACAUGACUCUUUUCUAAAGUGUUGGAUCUGGUCCCUCACUAUUAGAGGAAAAACACAUGUGUGUGUGUGUGUGUGUGUGUGUGUGCGCGCGCGCGCACGUGCAUGUGUGCAUAAAAUAUGCAUAUAUAAGCAAACAUUUAUGUAAUAUACAAAUUCAUAUCCGAAUACACAUGGACACAUGAGCUCAUUCAUAGAAUUGUAGUCAUUUGUUGCCCAUUCAACAGCACAUAAAACUUAAACACAAGAUAAAGAGAAAUAAAAUAAGGGGCACCUGGAGGGGGGGGGGCUCAGUUGGUUAGUCUGACUCUUGACUUCCGCUUGGGUCACGAUCUCAUUCGUGGUUUGUGAGUUUGAGCCUUACUCUGGAGUCGCCUUGGGGUUCUCUCUCUCUUUCUGUCUCUCCAACCCUCCCCUACUCUCUCUCUCUCUCAAAAUAAAUACAUAAACAUUAAAAAAAAAAAGAAAUAAAACUUUUAGACCUAAAAGGAUAUUUCCAUUUCCCUUUUAAUAUAGCUGAAAUCAAAAGUGCUGUGUAAGAACACAUUUUAAGCCCUACACAUUGUUAUUGACGCCUACUAGAUGUAAAUGAAGUCUGCUUACUCUAAGUGAUCUUGUCGGUGUCAAAGAAAAUGUACUGACUUACCAAGAUAUCAAUAGCAAUUCACUUAUUUUGCUUGCAAAAGAGGGUUAUAUUGGUUUAUCUUAAACGUCUCAGUCCUUACUAAGUAACAAAUUGUAAGUAGUUUGGGGGUGUUUUUAAUCUUUGCUUACGAAUGCUUAAAAAACUAACCCCUAUAAAAGUUAAAUCUUUGUUUAUAAAUGUAUAUUAAAUAAUAAAAGGAUGCGACCCAGAUUGCUUUUUGCGGGUGACAAUAUGUCAGAAGUAAUUGUUUUAAUGAGGACAAUGCUGAACAGGUAUCGAUGAUUGUCAUCAGCUCAAAUUUCCAACAAUGGAAAGAUUUGGGCUCAUGUUUCGUCUAUCUUUCUUGCUUUACAGAUUUCUCACGAUACAUAUUUCUCUAUAUACCUCCAAAGUACUGAGAAUAAGUGCUGUCAGGCAUCAAACCAAUUUUCAUGCUAGAGAUAUAUGUAUCAGUUUCUAAUUUCUAUUGAAUUCAAUAAUCUGAUUUUUAAAAGUUCAUGUCUGAUCCACGUGGUCAUUUUUGCUCCUAUAUCCACUCUGUAGACUUUGGAGGGAAAAAAAUGUGUUUAACUGGCUGCUCAAUAUUUUCUGAUUUUUUUUCUAUUCUUAUGCACAUGGGAGAAGGGGAGUAACAACUUGCAUAAGCAGUGUACUUUUUUACUGUUCUAGCAAAAGAGUAAUUUUAUCUAAAACAUACCCGUUAUUCAAACUGGAUGAGGUUAAGUGUAAGAUAGUGUAUUUUUCCUCUUUGCUGUUUUUGCACUCUGUAAUUGCACUUUUUAAGUUUGAAGAGCCAUUUUGGUAUGCAGUUUAUAUUGAAGAUGCUAUGGACCAUAAAGUUGUAUUGCAUGCAGUUUAACUUAUUUGACAAUGGAUUUUAUCAGAGUACUGAAUUGUAUCAAUUUGUUUGUGUUCAAUAUCAGCUUUGAUAAUUGUGUACCUUAAGAUAUUGAAGGAGAAUAUAGCUACUUUACGAGAUAUUGUUAAUGUUUAUUUAUUUUUGUUGGGAACUGGAAAAAAAGACAACUGAAAAAUAAAAAUGCAUUAAGUAUCAUGCACAAAGGAGUUUCGCUGAUAAAUACCGUCUCUCUCUCUUUUCUUUUUUUCCAUAAUAAAUUGGAGGGCCUAAAAGCAGUGAUAGAACUACAAUGUGUUUAGAUAUAGAGACUUCUAAAUAUAGAAAGAUAAAGAUCUUAGUUUGGGAAAGCAGCUUAUAAAUUU